AUGACGGCGACGAGAAUGCUUGCACUGAGCGCUCUGCUCUCCCUGCUCUUCUCCAUCGAGAACAUCUCAUCUUGCUACGCGUCAGAACUUGGUCAUGUGCCAGAACCUGCCUGGAAUAAUGGUCGUGGAGCACCCGGUUGGAAACAUGUCAGCAGCCUUGCGGGCCCAACUCGAUCCCUGAACAUGAGGCUCCGCGGGGGCGUGGAGUUGGAGGUGAUGGAUGAUGAAGACACGACUUUGAACGACGAAGACGUCAGUGGUGCAGCCAAUGUUGUAGAGAAGAUCCGAAAGAACCCUGAACUUAUCAAUGAUGCAAAACUUGGAUUUCUCCGUGAUUUGAUCAAGGAAUAUGGCGGCAGAAUUCCAACUGAUGACAAGACGUCUGGUGCAGAAAGCAACGAAAGAUCCAAACAGAGUACUCGUGCAGAGGCUGAAGAAGAAGAAGAGGACGAAGAAGAUGACAUGGAGGACGACGAGGACAUUGUUCGUGAAGAAGAUGGGGACGUCAGCGUAAUGCCAGAUAUGGGCGAUCCUACACGAGAGCCUACUGACGACGACUACGCCAAGGUCGCAGAGCUCAAGCCGCAGGCCAUGGAGGCUUCUGGCAAUGGCGACUAUGCAAAAGCAGCAGACCUCUGGACUGAAAUCAUCAAACUUUCGCCAACGGCCAUGGCGUUCGCAUCGAGAGGAAACUGCUUUUUGAAGAUGAAGAAGCCUGUGGCAGCCAAGCGUGACACGGACAAGGCUCUCGAGAUCAACCCUGAUUCUGCUAAAGCCUUCAAGACAAGAGGAAGGGCCUACGCCAUGCUCGGGAAGUGGGUGGAGGCUGUACAGGACCUUGGAACUGGUCAAACAAUCGACUUCGACGAGGACACCGACGAGUUUCGCAAGCAGAUUCAGCCCAAGUCCGACAAGGUUCACGCCAAGGAAGCAAAGCAGAGGCAAAAGCAAUUGAAGAAAGAGGAAGAGGAGAAGAGGAAGGAACUUGAGAGGCGCAGAGAAGAGAUGAUUAGGCAGAGAGCUAAGGAGGUGGAGGAGGAGAAUGAAAGGGCUCAGCAGGCUGAGCAGCAGGCAGGGGGGGCCGGGAUGAACGUCCCUCCCGGGAUGGAGAAAAUCUUCAAUGACCCGGAGAUCAUGAUGGCGAUGCAGAACCCAAAAGUGAUGCAGGCCAUGAUGGAGAUGCAAACGGGAGGGCCGGCAGCCAUGGCCAAGUACGCCAACGACCCGGAGAUCAUGAACCUCAUCAUGAAGAUUCAGUCGAAGAUGGGCGGAGGAAAGGGUGGCAUGCCGGGGAUGGGCGGCAUGGGCGGCAUGGGCGGCAUGGGCGGCAUGGGCGGCAUGGGCGGCAUGCCGGGGAUGGGAGGAAUGCCUGGAGGCUUCAAGAUGCCGGGGAUGUAA